CGGCGGCGGUUAUUGGUGCGGCUCGGCGGCCGGCCAGCUCUCUGGUUCGGAACCGAAAGCUUGGUGUCGCGGGCCCCACCCGGAAAGUUUGCCUUGGAGCCGCGACCUCCUGGCCGGCGCGGCCCGGCAUGAAGCGGCGCUGAGGAGCCGGUGCCGCCGCCGCCCGAGGAGGAGCCGCAGCACCCUGAGCCACGCCGAUGACUACUGCAAACUGUGGCGCCCACGACGAGCUCGACUUCAAACUCGUCUUCGGCGAGGACGGGGCGCCGGCGCCGCCGCCCCCGGGCUCGCGGCCUGCAGAUCUUGAGCCAGAUGAUUGUGCAUCCAUUUACAUCUUUAAUGUAGAUCCACCUCCAUCUACUUUAAACUCACCACUUUGUUUACCACAUCAUGGAUUACCGUCUCACUCUUCUGUUUUGUCACCAUCGUUUCAGCUCCAAGGUCACAAAAACUAUGAAGGAACUUGUGAGAUUCCUGAAUCUAAGUAUAGCCCCUUAGGUGGUCCCAAACCCUUUGAGUGCCCAAGUAUUCAAAUUACAUCUAUCUCUCCUAACUGUCAUCAAGAAAUAGAUGCACAUGAAGAUGACCCACACAUAAAUGAUCCAGAAAGGGAAUAUUUGGAAAGGCCUUCUAGAGAUCAUCUCUAUCUUCCUCUUGAGCCAUCCUACCGGGAGUCUUCCCUUAGUCCUAGUCCUGCCAGCAGCAUCUCUUCUAGGAGCUGGUUCUCAGAUGCAUCUUCUUGUGAAUCUCUUUCACACAUUUAUGAUGAUGUGGACUCAGAAUUGAAUGAAGCUGCGGCCCGGUUUACUCUUGGAUCCCCUCUGACUUCUCCUGGUGGCUCUCCAGGAGGCUGUCCUGGGGAAGAAUCCUGGCAUCAACAGUAUGGACUUGGACACUCCUUGUCACCUAGGCAGUCUCCUUGCCAUUCUCCUAGAUCCAGUGUCACUGAGGAGAAUUGGUUGAGCCCCAGGCCAGCUUCAGGACCCUCAUCAAGGCCCACUUCCCCCUGUGGGAAGCGGCGGCACUCCAGUGCUGAAGUUUGUUAUGCUGGGUCCCUUUCACCCCAUCACUCACCUGUUCCUUCUCCUGGUCACUCCCCCAGGGGAAGUGUGACAGAAGAUACCUGGCUCAAUACUUCUGUCCAUAGUGGAUCAGGCCUUGGCCCUGUGCUUUUUCCAUUUCAGUACUGUGUAGAGACUGAUAUCCCUCUGAAAACAAGGAAGACUUCUGAAGAUCAAGCUGCCAUACUACCAGGAAAACUAGAGCUCUGUUCAGAUGACCAAGGGAGUUUAUCACCAUCCCGGGACACUUCAAUAGAUGAUGCCCUUGGAUCUCAGUAUCCUUUAAAGAAAGAUUCAUCUGGUGACCAAUUUCUUUCAGUUCCUUCACCCUUUACCUGGAGCAAACCAAAGCCUGGCCAUACCCCUAUAUUUCGCACAUCUUCAUUACCUCCACUAGACUGGCCUUUACCGACUCAUUUUGGACAAUGUGAGCUGAAAAUAGAAGUGCAACCUAAAACUCAUCAUCGAGCCCAUUAUGAAACUGAAGGUAGCCGAGGGGCAGUAAAAGCAUCUACUGGGGGACAUCCUAUUGUGAAGCUCCUGGGCUACAGUGAAAAGCCGAUAAAUCUACAGAUGUUUAUUGGAACAGCAGAUGAUCGGUAUUUACGACCUCAUGCAUUUUACCAGGUGCAUCGAAUCACUGGGAAGACAGUUGCUACUGCAAGCCAAGAGAUAAUAAUUGCCAGCACAAAAGUACUGGAAAUUCCACUUCUUCCUGAAAACAAUAUGUCAGCCAGUAUUGACUGUGCAGGUAUUCUGAAACUCCGCAAUUCGGAUAUAGAACUUCGAAAAGGAGAAACUGAUAUUGGCAGAAAGAAUACUAGAGUACGACUUGUGUUUCGUGUACACAUCCCACAGCCCAGUGGAAAAGUCCUUUCUCUACAGAUAGCUUCUAUACCUGUGGAGUGCUCCCAGCGAUCUGCUCAAGAACUUCCUCAUAUUGAGAAGUACAGUAUCAACAGCUGUUCUGUAAAUGGAGGUCAUGAAAUGAUUGUGACUGGAUCUAAUUUUCUUCCAGAAUCCAAAAUCAUUUUCCUUGAAAAAGGACAAGAUGGACGACCUCAAUGGGAGGUAGAAGGGAAAAUAAUCAGGGAAAAAUGUCAAGGGGCUCACAUUGUCCUUGAAGUUCCUCCAUAUCAUAACCCAGCAGUUACAGCUGCAGUGCAGGUGCACUUUUAUCUUUGCAAUGGCAAGAGGAAAAAAAGCCAGUCUCAACGUUUUACUUACACACCAGUUUUGAUGAAACAAGAACACAGAGAAGAGAUUGAUUUGACCUCAGUUCCAUCUUUGCCUGUGCCUCAUCCUGCCCAAACCCAGAGGCCUACCUCUGAUCCAGGGCACCCACAUGACAGUGUACUGUCAACACAGAGAAGCUUGGUGUGUCCCAUCCAGCAAGCAUAUGCAUCCAUGAUAACCUCAUCCCAUCUGCCACAGUUGCAGUGUAGGGAUGAGAGUGCUGGUAAAGAACAGCAUAUGAUACCUUCUCCAGUUGUACACCAGCCUUUUCAAGUCACACGAACACCUCCUGUGGGGUCUUCCUAUCAGCCUAUGCAAACUAAUGUUGUGUACAAUGGACCAACUUGUCUUCCUAUUAAUGCUGCCUCUGGUCAAGAAUUUGAUCCAGUUUUGUUUCAGCAGGAUGUAGCUCUUCCUAGUUUAGUAAAUCUUGGCUGUCAACCACUGUCAUCCACACCAUUUCAUUCUUCAAAUUCAGGUGCAACAGGACAUCUCUUAGCACAUCCACCUCAUUCUGUGCAUGCCCCGCCUCAUCUGCAGUCAAUGGGAUACCAUUGUUCAAAUACAGGACAAAGAUCUCUUUCUUCUCCAGUGGCUGACCAGGUCACAGGUCAGUCUUCUCCCCAAUUACAACCUAUUACAUAUGGUCCUUCACAUUCAGGGUCAGCUACAACAGCUUCCUCAGCAACCUCUCAUCCCCUGGCUAGUUCACCACUCUCUGGGCCACCAUCUCCUCAGCUGCAGCCUAUGCCUUACCAAUCUCCUAGCUCAGGAACUGCCUCAUCACCGUCUCCAGACACCAGAAUGCAUUCUGGACAGCACUCAACUCAAGCACAGAGUACAGGCCAGGGAGGUCUUUCUGCAUCUUCAUCCUUAAUAUGUCAAAGCUUGUGCGAUCCAGCUUCAUUUCCGCCUGAUGGGGCAACUGUGAGCAUUAAACCUGAGCCCGAAGAUCAGGAACCUCACUUUGCAACCAUUGGUCUACAGGACAUCACAUUAGAUGAUGUGAAUGAGAUAAUUGGGAGAGAUAUGUCCCAGAUUUCUGUUUCCCAAGGAACAGGGGUGAGCAGACAGGCUCCCCUCCCGGAUCCCGAGUCCCUGGAUUUAGGAAGAUCCGUCGGGCUCUAACAGUGCUCACUGCAACCUUGUUUCUACCACCAACUUCUCAGCGUGUUUCUCUCCUUGGACCUUGGGUUUCCAACUCUGCAGCCUUCGGGACUGGCAUCAGAAGUUGGACUUACCAUUUGUGGGGAAAGGAGCAUUCCUCCACCUCAGGCCUUGGGUAGAUUUUAUAAAAGAACAGGAACAGCAUAGGUUGUUUGAGCUUGGGAAAAUGAGCUUUGCUUUUUAUAUUUAAAUAGGAUACUUUAUAUGAUGGGUGCUUUGAGUGUGAAUGCAGCAGGCUGUCCAUUUCAGAGGUGCUGCUUUUGCAGGUGACCUGGUUACUUAGCUAGGAUUGGUGAUUUAUACUGCUUUGUGGUUAUUUGAAGGGCCCUUUAGUUUUGAUGAUAUUUAAAAAAUAGGAACUUUUGAUAAAACCUUCCAGAGGCAAACAAAAAAAAAAAAAGAAAAAAAAUUACCCCAAGCCCACACCUAUGCCUCAGAAACUCAGCAUGUGUCCUGAAGACUUUCAUAGAUUCAUAGCAAAUAAAGCCAAAUGUAGCCCAUACCUCUUUAUAAAAGCAAACUGUUGUUAGAUAAAAUGAGAAGAGACCAUUCCAUCAUUGAAGUGUUGGAAUAUAAAAAGACAUUCCAGAGCAUAGCCUUUUUGUAACUUUCUAGAUAAUCUUCCUGCAAUCUCUCCAUACUAGCUCCAUGUUGAAAUUGCUUUUUUCCCUCAGGACCUUGAGUAAGAUGGUACAUGUAAGGUGACAUUCAAAAGUGGGGUUUUAGCUUGGUCACUUUCAUUUCCUGCUAUCCUAAACAUUAGUAGGCUGUGGUGUGCUCUUCCUUUUUGUGUCCUCUGGUCCCAGAACCUUUUUCAAACAGGAGCAUCUGUCUUUGGAUGUUCUGUAACCUUUGAAGCCACAGUCUCUUGUUGGUUUAGACAGCUUUGCAGUUCUAACUCUUCUCUACAGGCCAGGCUAUGUCAGGAGCUAAAGACAGAUGAGCAUCAGGACAGGCAGAGAAAAUGCAGGACUCCAGAUGGGAAGGUUUUAAGAUUCACACUGGCAUGGGAGGUUUAUCCCCCAACUCUGUUUACAGCCCGAAAUGAUUCUGGCCUACCCUUUCCUGUCUCUAUGACCUAAAAACCAGCCUUUUCUCCAAAAGGCUUUGAGCACAUCCAGAAACGAUGACCUGACCCUCCACACCAAAGACACCCUGGUGCUGCUGCUGGUGAGACUGGCAUCCAAGGCAGGGGCCAACAGAAGCUCCAGCCUGCUGUCUACCAAAGGAGAUGCCCAAGUUAGGUGCUUU